AUGCUACACGCAGACCUACCUAAGAAAGAUAUCCAAAAAUUCCAAGGGGAUCCCUCGAAAUAUUGGUCAUUUAUGCGCUGUUUCUCACCUUCGAUGGAUUACCUCCCAAUGGACGAUGAUGCAAAGUUGGUCCAUCACAUUCAGUUUUGUGAAGGACCAGCAAAGGAAGCCAUUGAAGAAUUAGUGAUCUUAGAUGGUCAGGUGGGUUACAGAAAGGCCAAAGAAACAUUGAAGAAGCGUUUCGGGCAAAACCACAUUAUUGCUCGUGCUCUCAUUACAGAUGGAGCACCUAUACAUAUCAAUGACAACCUGAGUCUGAUGCCGAUGACUCAACAGAUGAGGGUAUGCGAGGCCACACUAACGCAAUCGAAUUACGAGUCUGACAUGAAUGCUAACAGAACUUUAACUAUCCUGCCUCUCCCACCUGAUCCUCUUCUGUCUGGUAUCUUGCCUGCUGAAUGUCUCUAA